AUGGUGGAAGACGUGCUGAAAGGCACGGUGCUCGCGAACCCGGGCCUGUCGCUGCUGGAGGGCGAGCGCGUGGUGAUGGUGCGCGACCAGGAGCAGCUGCGUGGGAAGGUGAAGGUGGUGUCGGGCGGCGGCACGGGCCGCGAGCCGUGGCCCGCGGGCUACGUGGGCGCCGGGCUGCUGGCCGCCGCCGUGCUGGGGGACGCCAACACGGCGCCGCCGCCGCGCCUCAUCUUGCGCGCCUUCCACCACCUCGCCUGCGGCCACUUCCAGGGCAUCCUCGUGCUCGCGCGCAACAUCACUGGCAACCGCCUCAACUUCGGCGCCGCCGUCGAGAUGGCGCGCGCCGAAGACAUCGAUGUGAGGAUGCUGCUGGUCGGGGCGGUCGCCCGCCCGUCAGACAAGCGACGAGCGCUGCGCGACAUCGACGCCACCGCCGUCCUCUGCAAGAUCGCGGGCGCCAUGGCCGAGAGCGGCUGCUCGCUCGACGAAAUCUUUCACCUGUGCCAGACUCUGGCUACUAACGACUUGACGACCGUCUCCACGAGCUUGGCGGCGCCCUCUCUCGCGGGCUUCGUCACCGGCGACAGUGACACGCACUACCGUUGCGCGAAAAAACAACACCCGAGUCUCUCGGCCAGUCCCGACGCCGUGCGGACGGCGCUGAAUCCGUUCUUCGAAGACGCGUCGGAAGGUAACAGACGUAUCGAUCCGGAACACCAGGUCGUCGUCUUUAUCGACAAUGCGGGGAAGUCGCCCAAGCUGGAAGAGAAUCUCGUCGUGUGGGAGACCGUCAGCUGCCUGCGCGAGAAGGGCUACGAAGUACCGAGGGCGUACUGCAGCGCUUUUAUGACGUCCCCGGAAGACGCUACAUUUUUCGUAACUUUACUUCGGAUAUCCUUCACUUGCGUACUGAAGUACUUGGACGCGCCUACGACUGCCGUGAGUUGGCCUCGCCACCUCCAGUAUACUCCUGCAGGUGCAGAAAGUGUGACGGUAGAGCUGCCACUGACUGUGGAGCCCACUCUUUCUCAGGGUGACGAGGACGAGGACGUUCUUCCAGAACCGGAGUACGCUGUCACGGAUAAGUUUGCUUCGUGUGUGCUGCAGGUGAUUAAGUGCACUGUCAAGUCGCUGAUCGACUGUGAAAAACAGUUGAAUUUGUACGACGAGUUCGGAGGAGCUGUCAUUGUUUCUUUCCUCCUCACCCAUGUGUGCUUACUCAUCUGCAUCUCAAGUCAUCAUUUGAUCCAGGCAUUCCGUGAUGUCGAAACACAAGAAGCUAUAAGUGAACACUUGUGGCUGCAAGCUCUGGUGCUUGGAACUGAGGGAUUGUUUCGUUGCACAAGCAGUCCAACUGCAAAUGGCACUAUGAUUGAUGCCUUAUCAGCUGCAGUGAAAGAGUGGCGGCAGCAGCUGAUUUUAGAUGAAAAGUCCCCUUCUGACUGGGUCACAAGGCUAGCUGCAGUGGUGAAGGCUGCAGAAAAUGCUGCCUUGCGUACAGCGGAAUUACGACCUGAUACUGGCAUUUCAGUUAUUCCCGAUCCUGGUGCAUACACUGUUGGUGUGUGGCUUAGGACUUCCUAUGAAGUUAGUCAAAUGAUUUUCUGA